AGUCGUUCAGGAAGGAAUCUUUGAAAAUGAAACAUUUUAUUUUAAUCAUAAUUUUAAUUUGUUAUACUCUUGCGGAAGUACAAGCAUUUAGUAUUCGAAAAUGUCUCCAUUAUAAAAAAGGCGAUAAAUUUAAUAAGUGUCUACUUUUAAGUGUCGUCAUGACGACUGCAAUAAUUGCAAUUUUAUGCCUUAUAUUUUGGAUAAUUGACAGAAUACUAUUUCGGCGUAAAGUUAGGAUUGUACAGCCAACCACAGGAUUGAGUCAUGUUUUUAUUAUUUAAAAGAUGAGACAAAAUGAAUGAUUAAAUGAAAGUGAAAAUAAAGGUUUUUCUAAUAAAAGAAAUUAUAUGUUGGAAUAUAAUAAGCAUUAUUAUUUUUGUACUUUAAAAAUAUUACUCAUACGCAUGCAGAAAGAAACUAUGUAUACCAAAGCGGACAGAAAACGUUCAUAUUUACCAUCUCCGAUUUUAAUGGAAUUUACCACACAUAUGUAUAAUAACAUUAACACAUAAUAAUACAUUUAUUUGCCAAAAUUUUUUGUAUACCGUACCACAGUAAAUUCGGUAAAUCAUCAACAUAACAAAAUUAAAAAAAUAAAAAAAUUUUAAAUUUACAUAAAUUUUUUUAAAAAAAUUAUUUGUUUUAAGUUUUUAAAGGAAAUCCAAAAUCACCGUUAUGGUCCAAGCAAAAUCCUAAAUGCAGAAAAUCAAAUAAACACAAGUCCCUAUAUUUACGAUUAUAUAAAUGAGAACAAAAUUUCCAAUUCAAAAUUAAAAAGUUUAGUUCAAAAUCUUGAGGAAUGGCUUUUAGUUGCUGGCCUCGGCAUGAAGAAAAAAAGAUUGAAACUUCAAUAAUUGAAACCCAAACAUUAGAAACUGACUUUUCCCUACCCCUAAGUGAUGUCAUUAUAAUAGAUUGUGGUUCAAAUGCAUGUAAAGUUGGCUUUUCUGGUGACAAUAAACCUCGCCACUUAAUAUCUACCAUAGUGGGUAGACCUAAGCAGGGGGCUGCUGUAGGGCAACGUUCGGUCCAAGAUUCUUUUGUGGGCUUUGAGGCACAACAAAGGCAUGCAGUACUUAAUCUCAAUACUCCCAUUGAAAGAGGCAUAAUAACAAAUUGGAAUGAUAUAGAAGUAUAUUUUGAUUACCUUUUCCACGAAAGUUUACAACUAGAUCCUGCCGGUUAUCGUAUAUUACUAACAGAAACUCUUAAUAAUCCAAAGAAAAAUCGUGAAAAAUUAUUGGAAUUAAUGUUGGAAAAAUUUCGCCUUAAAUCAUUUUUUCUAACACCAGCUCCACCAUUGGCUUUAUAUGCCUAUGGUUUUUAUACAGGCGUUGCACUGGACUCGGGAGAGGGUCAAACUCAUAUAGUACCGGUGUAUGAGGGAUUUGCAAUGCCUCAUAGCACCCGUUAUAUACCCCUGGGUGGUAAAGAUAUCAAUAAAAUGUUGGAGAAUAUUCUAGCUCAGAAUAGUGAUACAUUAAAUUUUUUGCAAAAAUCAACAGAUAGAGAAUUUCUUAGAGACAUCAAGGAGCAAUUGUGUUAUGUAGCCUUUGAUUAUCGCGAAGAAUUUGCUAAGCCUGCGCUUAAACCAAAAACAUAUCGUUUGCCCGAUGGCAAUUACGUUAAUUUAAGUAGCGAACUUUUUCGUUGCACCGAGGCUUUAUUUGAACCCACUAUGUUGGAUGUCAAAACUGGUGGUAUUCAUGAGAAUAUUUUUAGAUCUAUCCAUUUAUCCGAUUCUUCGAUAAGGCAUUUACUUUAUGGCCAUAUAGUUUUAAGUGGUGGCAAUACUUUAUUUCCCGGGCUUCAACAUCGUCUGGCCAAUGAAAUGCGUUUGAUGUCGGAACCUGAUGCUACCAUAAAUAUUCAUGCGAAGUCUGAUCGUAAGAAUGCAGUAUUUUUGGGUGCUUCUCUAUUGAGUUCGUUGGCCAAGUUUAAGGAUAUGAUGAUUACAUAUUCCGAAUAUUUUGAAACUGGUCCAGCCAUUGUUAAUAGAAAGUGUUUUUAAAUCUGUGAUUUAAUCGGGGAUCAUUUACAAAAUUUAUGGUGAAAUAUUAAAAAUAA